CAUUGAACCCCUGGCGCAGAUCUUGAGAAGGGACCAACGGAUCAAAGGGGUGGGGAUACCAGGGAGCGGAGGACUGACCAACAAAUGCAUUUUAUACAUGGACGACAUCAACAUUUUAUGUACUGACCUUUUAUCAGUUUACAGAACCCUUGACAUGACUGACUUUUUUGGACGGGCCUCUGGAUCAAGACUCAACAGACAAAAGACCCAAGCCCAAUUUCACGGACCUUGGACGGCGACUGAAAUGACUGGACUCCCCUUGACUGUGACCCAGACGGAACAGAAAAUCCUUGGGGUAAAAUUUGACAGGGAGGGGGAGGAAAAACAAAUUGGCCAGACAAAGUAGGGAAAGUUAGACAGAGACUGGGGUUUUGGAGACAAAGACAACUGACUUUGGAAGGGAAGGUUUUAAUUAUUAAAGCAGUGAUUUUACCUUUGCUUUUAUUGAUUGGCUCUGUUUUUAUCCCUCCUCGACAUGUGCUUUUAGAACUGGACCGUACAAUUUUUUAUUUCCUGUGGGGGACCAAGUGGGAGAGAAUCAAGAGGGAGACGAUGAAAAAAAACAAAGAAAAAGGAGGAAAAGGAGUGCCGGACCUUGGCCUGUUUUUAAAAAGCAGAUAUGCUUCGCUGGCGAUCAGGGCUGCCAUGGCCCCAUCCAGAAACCCCAAAACAGCUGCCCUUACAAGAUUCUGGAUGGGGUCAUAUCUGCAACGGCUAAAAAUCUUACCUGUGGACCUGAGAAUUCCAGUGUCCUUUAACCUUCCCCCUGCAUAUCUUUUAAUUCAGAAAUUUUUAAAACAUUUUAAACUUGAAGAAGAACAGUUGGACAUUUUAACUAACCACCGUUCUCUCAUUUCUGUUGUGCAGGAGCGGGAGCCAGUGAGUCCAGUGCGCGGGCUUGCACUCGGUGAGCCCUCCACAGUUUGGCGCAAUGUGAACCAUCCUGCUCUUCCAAACAGACUCCGGGACCUGUCAUGGAUGGUGGCUCAUGAGAUCCUCCCAGUCAGGUCUGUUAUGCACUCCCGGGGCAUGUCAACGUCCUCACUUUGCCCCCGACCAGGUUGUGGCGCGCCUGAGUCGGUGAGGCAUCUGCUCUGGGAGUGCAGCGCUGCUGUAGAACAGUGGUCACUGGCCGGCACCUUGCAAUUCCCGUGCUUACCAGCAAGGGAGGUCCUCACAGCACAGCUAGUGCUUUAUGGAGUGAGCCAUGAACAGCAGCCGCCAAAGGACUUUUCCCAACAAUGGCUCACUCUAGCCGCCAUCAAGGACGCCAUAUGGACCUCCAGGAACUUGCUGGUAAGGAAGCACAAGCAGAUCCCCCCCGUGGCUGUUCUCCGGAUGGCAGCAGCAACGGUCACAAUGGCCGGGGCUGCAGGCGGCAGGCCUAGGAAACAGCCACAAAGAAGAAUCGCCUCUGUGCCCAUUCGGACGAAGGAGCCGGAGCUACACGGGAAAAGUUCAAAGCAGCAGCAGCCUGGCUCUCCGGGAGUGGCAGGCGGGAAGGAGCAGCAGGGUGGGGGUCUCCUCUGAGCACCAAGGCAGGACCCCGAGAGACCACACCUGUUUGGUAGAGCAGAAUGAGUUUUUUUUCUUGGUAGGGGCUUAACCCGCUCCUGCACAAAGAACCAAAGAAAGAACUUUUAACAUGAAUGCUCUUCUUUUAAGGUGGUUUUAACAACAUGGACACUUUUUAAGACACAGAGAAUUUUAACUCAUCAUUGCCUUUUAAUUUGUUUUACAUAUCAACAAUGUAUUGUGUCUGAAAAAUGUCUUUUUAAAACAAAAAAACAUGUGUUCGAUGUUGAUGUAAAUUGUCAUCCCGCUUAGGAAAAGUCCAGUUCUGAAAUAAGCACAUAAAUUGUUCUGUAACAAUAAACCUUUUGAAAGAAAAAAAAAAAAAAAAAAAUCUGUUCUUAUCAGUUUAAUAUCUGAUACGUCCCCUACCCGGGGACCAUAUAUUAAAUUGAUUUUUGGAGCUGGGAGAUGGAAUAGGGGCUUGCUCCGUCCACUCCACGCAUCGACCUGGUAUUGCAGCACCUCCAGGAACGGUGCACCCCCCUCUCUGUGGUGAAAUGACAAAGGUUGCUGUGUCUGGGUCAGCUGCUGUUGAGAAUCUUUGCAAAGGCCGCGAUCCGCCUGUCUUGUUUUAAUGCGCCAGAGUCCGCAUUCUAUGGGUGCCAUGCGCUAUGACAAAGAUUUGGAUGGUCUAACCAGUGCGUGGUCACCAGUGGGUUGAGCUGACGCAGUCAAGAAACACUAAGUCUGCAGUCAGUCAGCUUUUGUUUGUGUUAACUGAUGCAAAAAUACCUAGCUUGCGCUGCAGCAUUGUAAACUGUAAGGCAGUUUCAAGCCUUGCUGGGCAGUUCCUUGUGACAUAUGGUUUUGUGGACCCCUCCCCCCCCACACACACACACAAACACCCUUUGACUUAGAUGGUCAGCACCAUCGGUCAGUGUGAUAUGGCAGUGAAUGCGUUGCGUGUCUCUGAGCUCUGCAACUCAUACUUACCUGGCAGGGGAGAUACCAUGAUCACGAAGGUGGUUCACCCAGGGCGAGGCUCAGCCAUUGCACAUCCGGUUGUGCUGACCCUUGCGAAUUCCCCAAAUGUGGGAAUCUCGACUGCAUAAUUUCUGGUAGUGGGGGACUGCGUCCGCGCUCUCCCCUGAUCUCAUGUGGAAAGAAAAGAGUGGCCUCAGGUCUCUGCCUGUCCGGCCCUCACGGGCCCCGGACCGACCGACAUCGGCGAGCACCCGGUAAGCAUCCCCUGCUCCGGUCAGAUCCUGAUGCCACAGCCAUCCUGCUUGCAAUGGAAACACGGCUGCAGCCCCAUCAACUCUUCAGCUCUUAAAUC